AUGAGUGAGAAUACUUCGACAUCUGCUCUAGAUACUUCAACUAUUCCACCACCUUUGUCUCCACCACCAACUUUGACCAUUACACCAACAACAAUUCCAGUUGUUUCUCCUACAUUUGCAGGUAUCAUUAAUGAGCCUAUUGCUUCGUUAUUCUCUUCUCAAUCAACAGAUCAAGAACCGCUGCAUAAAAAAGAAGAUGAAUUCACUAAAUUUGUUGAGCUAGAGUUCAAUUCUGAAGAAGAUAAUGUUGAUGAAAAUGCCAUCAUGCAUACAAGCAGUACAAAAUCCUUAACUCUAAACUCAACACUAUUCUUCAGUUUUUAA